AGACGCACCAUGCGCAGGGUAUUCCACGUCUGCGCGACCCUGUAGCUGGGGUAAACAUGAAGGUGAGGGUCUAGCUCCAGCUCCGCUGUUUCCGCCAUCGCGAGGGACUGAUACGCCUGCGAACGCGGCAUGUUGCACAUCAACACAUCUGCCUCACGUUCCAGCGCUAACCAGGCCAAUAAACCUCGCGGCAACGCGCUUCCUUUCUGCUCCGCUGCACGCAAAGACCCGCGGCCCGUGUCAUCGUCUCGGGUCGAACGGGAUUCGGCAGCCGAAAGCACGCACAUCCGAUCGACUAGCCCCCAGAACCGCAGCUGAAACUCCGGAACAACCAUCCGGCAGGCAUGCAGGUUCGCCCGUAGCUGGGGCGAAAAGGUCGUGCGGCGCUGAAUGCAGUCCACCAAGAGACAGGCCACCAGGUGCUGGAAUAGGCUACUGUGGGUCGGAUUGGACAAGGGGAACCAAGAACGCUCAUCUUGAGCUGUCGCCGUCACUAACAUCGAGAAGGCCCCAUUGAUGUGACGGGACCACCAGGCGCCGCGGGGGCUCUCGUCUUCGGGGGAUGGGGCCGAUAGGGCUGCGAAUUGGGCCAGUAGCAUCACCGAUGCGAAGGUACAGGGCAGCUCACUAGGGUGGUGCCCGGGGCCGCGCAGGCUCCGUCUAAGGUGGUGCAGCGCGAGGGCAUAUCUCUCUCGCGCGGGGA